CGGGAAAAAGUAAAAGUUAGCGGAUAAAUAGGCAAAGAAGGUUGUGUUUAUUGUACAAGUUAUGGGAAAGUGAUGGACCUGGAGUUGACGGCCCAACUCCAUCCGCUUAUGGGACCUCCUGCUGAAUGGGCACAUGGCUAAGCGGGAUCGCGACUGGGAUCUGGUCUGUCUCAUAAGUGAUCUUGGCUUUGGGGUCGGAGGCCUAGCCGGGUUAAACGCACCACUUGCCCACAUUGAGGUUUCAGAGUUCGUGUACGUGCUCCUUGGUUAUGCGAGACGUGAUGUUUGCAAUAGAGUGGUCACAUUAACUGUCGCGUCGCUUCAUAUUUAUGGGUUCCAGCCACGACACCCUAUUGAUGGGAGUGACCAGUCUAUUAUUGGAAUUGAGAGGGGGAGUUAGAUGAAGAGGUUAAAAUAGGCCUGGGGACCUGAGCUUGGCGACAACAAAACAUUAAGUGUAAAGGGUUUGCCAGUAGGGAAUCCAUCAAUCAGGGCGCCACUUAAAUUUGACAGCACAAGUGGGGCGAUGUGACUAGUAGAAUAUGUCCAUGCCUCCUACUCUGCAUCACAAAGUUUAAUCUGACACAUAUGGCUACAGUAAGAAUUACAAGGGAUGACUACAAUGGGCCUGAAUAAUAUUCUUUUGGUUCC